AUGAGAGGCAUGAGUCUCUACACCGAUCAGGCCGACAUGGAAGACGCCACCGUCGGCAUGGGUCAUCUUCUGAAGAGAAGCAUCACCAGGGGAGAAGAGACCCAAUGGCGAACUUUCCCUGGGUAUUUCCAUAAGAGUGACCGACGCCCAUUAACCCCAGGAUGCAUCAACAUAGCUCCUUGCUGGUUCCAGCAAGGCCGAGAGCUGCAUGGUUUUCCUCCCAACAGUGUGUUCUCCCCCAAGGUGUUGGCUGCAUUGAAGGGCGAAGGUGGUCCUACAGUCAUAACAUCCAUGCAGCACUCAGCACUCCUGGCCUCGGCGGCUCUUCAGGUGAUGCAUCCAGAGUUGUAUUGGGCCUCAGUUACCACGCAUAUAAAACUCGCUUGGUGGGCCAUGGACAACGGUCACAAUGACAUAUACACUCGUCUGCAACUUUGGGCCUCGGUCUUCAACUGCACAGCCGUCAUUUGUAACAGGCAAUGCCCUCUUCACGGAGAUCCAAGAUCUGCUCCCGAAGGGUUCGACAUCAUGACCAGUGUUGGCCACUAUUGUGAUGGGCUGAUGACCCUGUCCAACCUCAGUAUACAGUUGCGAUAUAAGUCUGGCGCCAUUGUUGCUUGCUCUGGACACCUUGUCAGGCAUGGAGUCACAUGUACUAGUGAUCACAUUGUGUGGGCAUGGUUCAUGCGCGAUAGCCUUCACAACUUUGUGGGGACACCCCGGCCACAGUAUGCGAAAUAUAUGGAUGUUGAUCGUUAUGUCUCGGUUACAGCCUAG